GUUGUUGGCGCGAAAAUAUCAGCUGUUGUGGCACGUUUAUUUUGAUGAAAUUUUCGCUGAUCACAUUCUGUAUGAAAAAAGUGUCUACUUGGUGAAAUGGAGCUGCUGCAAGAUUCAGCGGUUAAAAAUACGUACAACAAGUGCAAAUACAAAGUGAAAUAUUGGGAACAUCAUUUCAAAAAGAAGCAUGGAAGAUUACCAUCGAAGUUGGAUAUUCGUGAAGCAGACAGGGAAACGCGUCAAGCGUAUAAAACUUACUUUAACUUGAAAUCUGCUGCUUUGGAGCAAAGUUUCCAAGACAUAGAUGGAUUUAAUUCGGAUGAAGAGAGUGCUGAAGUUUCAUCUGCAGAUCUCAGCACUCUAUCACAAGUCAGCGUCAAUGAAUCCAUUGCAAUGCCCAUUGAUAUUUCAGAGAAUUCUUCUGUAGAUGUUGAAGAUGUGAAAAAUACAAACACAGAUAAUACCUGGGGUGAUCAUCUAAAUAAUGUUAAUAUUGUGGCAAAGGCUGAGGAGAAGAAGGAAAAAAUGAAAGUUAACAGCAGCAUUACUCAGAAAUUGUUUAAAAAUUCUGUUUUUUCUAAACGGAAUCCAAGGAAAUCUCUGUCUUUUUCACAUAGGAAAAGUGAUAAUAGUUUGAAUGCUUCUAACAAAACACUUUCUCAGCCAAUGCCUCAAUUGCAUGAAAGUGGCAAUGAUAAUGCAGUUGAUUCAUUCGAGUCUGAUCAAGUAAUCAAUAUAUUGAACAGUGAUAGAAUUAAAAUAACAACUGUUGUGGAGCCUGUGAUGACAAGGAAUUUGAGCGCUGUUAAGAGCGUUUUGAACGAGAACUUCAGGAGUGAGAGACAAAUCGAUCCUGGAUGGAUGAAGCGUUUGGCGCAGAGUACCGGUACAAAGUUAACUAACAAAAGUAUGAAUGUGAACAAUUUCGGAUUGAGUCAACAUUUGAAUUCGAAAAAUGACGAUGGCAGUGAUUACGAUAGUGAAGAUAUCAUCGCAGACUCUGACGACGACGACAACGCUCAAUUGCACAUCGCGAAGAGACGAAAAAUUGACGAGAAUACUUCUGUACCUGUUAGUAGACCUCCCGUUAUUGAACCUAAAGCUGUUGUACCACAAAUUAAACCUGUUGUGCAGGAAAUAAAACAAAUUGCUGCACCGGUAAUUGUGGAUGCAAAUAAAUGUGAUAUUGAUGUGAUGGAUGUGGAUGAGCCUGAGGAGGAGGUGUAUAAGCAGCAGAAACCUGUACUGAAAUUACCUGAAACUCAAAGAAAGUCUGUGCGGCAACGAAAAGUUUUAAAUGAAAUAAAGGAAGUCGACGAUUCGCCUUUCCAAAACGACGAGGAUAAAGAUCCCGAGUAUAUUCCCAAAGUUGAUAAGGAUGUGAUUUAUAAUUUCGACGAGGAGGACGAAGAGGAAGAAACUAGUGGUAAGGUGAAAAAGACAAAAGAGACGAAAGUUAAAAAAGAAAAGUCUCCUAAAGUUAAAAAGGAGAGAGCUGCUAGAGGAAAGGCUAAAAAGGUCGAGGAAAAGGCAGCAGAAGAAGCGGAACAGGAAGAAGAGAACGAUACGUAUGAAUUGGAGUAUUCGAUAAAACCGAGGAUAGUAACCGUUCCCAGAGAUACUAAUCUCAAAAACAUUAUUAAGAAGUCCGCUAAAGCUAAACCUAAGAAAGAGAUUGUGGAGCUGAAGGACGAGGAGACUGGAGCUAUCGUCAAAGACAAGAAUCAGCAAAAGAUCGAGAAGUUCCAAAAGCGCAUCGAAUCUGGAACGCUUAACGACAAUUACGUGCAAAUUAAUAUGAAAAAGAAGGUGUAUGCUCGUGGUAAAAAGACCAUGAAUUUCAGCAAGUACAAGAAGAAAAUGUGGAAGCAGCAUAAGAAAAAUACGACUCUGGCUGGUCCGGACAUGGACAUGGGUGGAUGCGAUGGAGGUCAGUUGACCUGUUUCACUUGCGGACAAGUCGGACACUUUGCGCAAAACUGUAAAGCCACAAAGGGCGAUGCUUUAUUGCCGAUGAGCGCUGCAGAAAUUGAAUAUUGUCCUUAUCCGACUUUGGAGGAAGCAUCGGAGAUGGCUCAAGAUAGUAGUUUGGCAGUGAGGAGACCUCUUAGAAAAGUGGAUGGUGAAGGUGAAGCAGAUAAUGAAGAAGAUAGCAGCGAUGACGAUGAUGAUAGUGAAGAGGAUGAUGAUGAUGAUGAAGAGAAGGAGGAUGUAUUCGGCGAUGAUGGCGAAGAUGAACUGUUAUUAUGUGAAACGAUGAAGCUGGAGGAAUACGUGAAGAAGAUCGACGUGCAGCAGUACGUAGAUGAAUCGAGGAUAAUUAAACCUUAUUACAAUCUCAAAAAUGAUGGCACCAUUAUAGAUACACCGCAAGAAGUUUUCGAUGUUUUGAAGAUGUUCGGCCACUCAUCGUUCCGUCCGGGCCAAGAAAAGGCCGUAAUGCGAAUACUUUCAGGCCAAUCGACUUUGGUUACUUUGAGCACUGGCUCAGGAAAAAGUUUCUGCUAUCAGUUACCAGCAUAUCUUUACGCAAAACGCGAACCAUGUAUAUCAUUGAUCAUCUCUCCGUUGGUUUCCCUUAUGGAAGAUCAAGUAACUGGAAUUCCGGCAUUCUUAAGAGCUGCUUGUCUGCAUACGAACAAAACUAAAAUACAAAGGGAGAAAAUCCUCGAGGCCAUAAAAACCGGCAGUUUGGACGUUCUUUUGGUCUCGCCCGAGGCAGUAGUCGCAGGCGAAAAAUCCAACGGAUUUGGAUCGUUAUUGAGAAAACUACCACCUGUGGCAUUCGCAUGUAUAGAUGAAGCUCAUUGCGUCUCGCAAUGGUCUCACAAUUUCCGUCCAUCGUAUUUGAUGAUCUGUCGCAUUUUGAAGGAGAGAUUAGGAAUAACAACAAUCCUUGGAUUGACCGCCACCGCGACCAGAGCAACAAGCGACAGCAUAAUAAGUCAUCUUUCCAUACCAGAUGGACGUCUUGGAAUCAUCAGCGAUAUACCCUUACCAAACAACUUGAGAUUAACAGUUUCCAAAGACGGGAACCGCGAUCACGCUCUUCUUGGUUUAUUGCUUUCAGAACGUUUCGCGAAACUGCGAAGCGUUAUAGUUUAUUGCACGCGGCGACAAGAGUGCGAAAGGAUCGCCGCUUUCCUGAGAACCAGUCUGAAGGAGGAGAAACCCAUCGAGGAGAACACCAAGAAAAGGAAAAAGGUCAAUCUUCAAGCGGAGCCCUAUCACGCAGGAUUAGCUGCAAGUCGCAGAAGAACCGUUCAAAAUAGAUUUAUGAGCGGUGAUUUGCGAAUCGUUGUCGCGACGGUCGCUUUCGGCAUGGGCAUUAAUAAAUCUGAUAUUAGAGCUGUGAUACAUUAUAAUUUGCCCAAGAAUUUCGAGAGCUACGUGCAAGAGGUUGGAAGAGCCGGAAGAGAUGGAUUACCGGCGCAUUGCCAUUUAUUCCUCGACAGUUUGGGUAAAGACGAGAACGAGCUUCAACGACACGUCUUUUCGGAUUCCAUUGAUCGUCACGUCAUCAGGAAACUUCUGCAGAAGAUCUUUAUACCGUGUUCUUGCAAAGCUGCUUGUCCAAAGCAUGAAGUGGCCUUCUCGGUGAACGACACCGUUCUAGCUUUGGACUUGCCCGAGGAGAACAUCUCGACCUUACUCUGUUAUCUGGAGCUUCACGAAGACCGUUACAUCGAAGUACUGAGUUCAGCUUACACAACUUGCAAAGUGAUUUCUUAUGGCGGCGGCGGAAACUACAUGAGGAAAGCGGCCAAAGAUUGCCCACCGCUCGCUAUGGCUUUAGCGAUGUUCGGAGACAAAGAUAGAGAGAACGAAUCGACUUUCGAGUUUCCAAUAGUCGAUGUAGCUGCUGCUAUGGGCUGGGACAGUGGCAUCUGCAAGCAUAAACUGAAGAAUCUCGAAUGGGUGACUGUGAACAACCAACCGAGGCGGUCCUUGCUUACCGUGCGUUUCACGAAUUUGGGCUUCAGACUGUUAGCUCCUGGUAACUUGACGGAUACUCAAUUGGAUGAAGCUCUGGAUGCGCUUUACCAACGCGUCUGCAAUCAAGAGAGAACUGCGCUUCUUCAGCUGCACGCUCUUCACGAGACUGUAACAAUGGUGGCUGCGCCCUCGUACCGCGCGUGCAUCGCUGAAGAGAUAUCCGAGAAGGAGAGCAAAUUGAAACCGUGCAUCAGAGAUUAUUUCGAUAAUCCUAAGCCGCUCUCGGUUAUAGAACUGAAGGAGAAAACGUGUAACGAGGAUUUGAUAGCAGCUGAUGUUAGGGCAAUGGUUUCCAUGUACAGAGAUAAUACGUUCACUGGAAGGGCGAUUGCCAGGAUCUUCUUCGGCAUUUUCAGUCCGAAUUAUCCUGCUGUUAUCUGGGGUAGAUGCAAAUAUUGGCGGGCUCACAUCAAUGCAGACUUCAACGCGAUCUGUCGCAUCGCAACACGUGAAAUUUUAAAAAUGAGAUAAUUUACACAUUUUGUUACUUAAUUAGUUAUAGAAAUAGAUAUUCAUAUACA